AUGGUAGUGUCUGGUCUUUCCCUGCCACCGACAACUGGCCCAUAUUGUGUCGGAUCCAAAGCGUGGGAGCUGAACAAGAUAACACAAAACGACCCGGUCGCCUCCGACGGGAUUGGAAAGUCGGUAAUCCUCAAUGUCUAUUAUCCGACACGCAACGAGACAUUACCGCGACCAUACAUAUUGGGCGGCCUUGCCACAUACUACGAAGAGUAUUAUAAUGUCUCGUCUGGCGCAUUCGGCAACGCGACUGCUCGUAUCCUAGAUGCGGCACCAACCACUGGCUGCGAUGAUCUCGCACUGCCGACUCUACUCUGGGGUCCACCAUUCACAGGCCCACCAUCCCAGAUGUUUUCUAGCCUCUUUACCGAUCUCGUCUCCAAAGGCUACAUUAUCGUGACCGUCGAUCAUCCAGGUGAACAACCUUACCUAAAAUAUCCGAAUGGAACCGGGAUCACAGGCUUGGGAAAGGAUUUUAUCCCAACUAGUGAGUUCAUCAGCCGGAUUCACGAAUACCGACUCGAAGAUAACUCUGCCGUCCUCAAUGCUCUUCCUGUUCUUCGGAAAGAGCUAGGUAUACCUCUCAACACUACCCAUGUUGCUCUUUUCGGCCACUCCUUGGGAGGCAGUGCAGCUUUAAAUCAGCUCCUUUUCGAUCGAAACCGAAUACAUCCGCAGAUUCUAGGUUCUAUAGAUAUCGAUGGGCAGGUCUUCCCGCCGGCCUUCGCGAACGACUCAUCAGCCAACGUUCAUACCCCUACCCUUCUACUGAUGUCCGACGAGCAUCUUGCAACGGGUGACUUCAGUCUGGCACAAUUCGUCUCAUGGCAGUCCAGAUGGGCAAAACACUUAAUCGUGCACGGCAAAACGAACCAUACCGACUUCUCAGACCUAGCGGUUCUGUUGCAAGGGGAUGGAGAUACCGGCGGCAAUGGCGCGAUCAAGGCGCACAGAAUGGUCGAGAUCACCAGGCGUUUCGUAAGAGCAUUCUUCGGCAUGGUAGGUAGAAUGACAGGAGAAGGUGUAUUGAGUGGAAGUGAACAGGUGAAUGAAGUAUGGCCGGAAGUGGAGUUUAGCAGCAGCGCGCCGAGUUCGGUGGCUUGGGUUUGA